CGUACGUCAUUGUACGUGUGCACGUACGUACGACGUGAACGUUCUUCGUAAGCUUCAGCUAGCGUAGUGCAAACCCAUACGAUUACGCAUGACGUACAGGCCGGGUACGGUAUACGAUCACCGACCGCCGAUGCACACAUAAUUAUUUUGUAGGACGACCAUCGAGCUCGAGAGAAGAGGUUGCAUUUGAUCGUCAAACCAAACGUAUUAAUUAAUUUAUACUUUAGCCAUGGCAAUGGUAAGGCGCAACCUAACCCAUGCUCAACAGGAGCGACAACAGACAGAAAACAGACGGAAGGAGGAUGUUCGUCAAGACCACGUCAAACGUCUUCAGCAGGAGCAGCUGUUUGAGGCCAACAUGGCCAGCGAGGAGCGAGUAGAGACCAAACGAUACAUCCGCCACAUGCAGAAAGAGCAGCAGGAGCGAGAGAUGCUGGAAAACAUCGCCAGGGCCCAGCAGCUGAGAACACAGCGAGAAGAGCAAACUCAGGUUGAGGAGCAGAUGGCCAGAACCAUGGAAAACCUCAAACUCCAGGAACAGCGAGACCGUUUGGUCCGCCAACAGAUCCGCGAGAACAGCGUGGAGUUGAGAGAGCUGGAACGGGCUCUGAAGGCCGGCUACAUGAACCGUGAACGCCACGCUCAGAUCGCCGAGAAAGAAGCCGUCAAGUAUGAGAAGACGGCACGAGAUGCAGAGAUUUCUCGGAUGAUGAAGGAAGAAUCGGCGCGGGCCGAGGAAGAGGACCGACGCAAGAUGGAGGAAGAAUAUCACGAGAAGGUGCGCUACCACCUUGAGCUAGAGAAACAACUGGAGGAACAGGAACGCAAGAAGCAAGAGGACUACGAGGAGUUUCUCAAGGAGAAACUCAUGAUCGAUGAGAUUGUACGCAAGAUUCAUGAGGAGGAUGACAGGGAGCGCGAGCUGUACCUGAUGAAGCAGCACGCCACCCAGCGGUACAUUGAGGAAUUCAAGACGGCCCGGGAGGACUGGAAACUGAAGGAGAAGGAACGCAUGGAGGAGGAGAACCGACGCAUCUUGCAGUUUGCCAGCAUGCAGCAGCAGAGAGAAGAAGAGAGGAUGGAGAACAAGAAAGCACAGGAGGAGGCGAAGGCCGCGGUGCAGCAGAGUUUGAGCGAAGAAAUCGCCCAAAAGCGUGCUGCCGAGGAGGAGAUGGCCAACAUCCGACAGCAGCUGUACCUGGAAGAGCAGGAGGAGGCCGAGAUACAGAAGAUGAACGCGGAAAUCGAGAGACGCAUCAGACAGCGUCUGGACUUGCAGCAGUCACGCCGCGAGGAGCUGAUGCUCAAGGAGAUCCGGAGACAAGCCGAGAAGCAAGAGGAGGAGGAAUUCAAGCAGCAGAUGCUGGCUAAGUUUGCGGAGGACGACCGCAUCGAACAGAUGAACGCCCAGAAGCGUCGCAUGACCCAACAGCAACACAAGAGGGCGGUAGAGAAGCUGAUUGAGGACCGCCGGGCCCAGUUUGCCGCCGACAAGCAGAGGGAGUUGGACGGCCGGCGAGAGGAGGAGAUGCUGGAGAAACUCCGACAGGACAUCAUCGAAGAGGAGAGACAGAAGCUGCUCAGGGAGCAUGCCUCCAAACUGCUGGGAUAUCUACCAAAGGGUGUCAUCAGAGACGAAAAAGAUCUUGAAAUGUUUGACGAUGAUUUCAAGCGGAGGUACACAGAGAGACAAAGUGACUUCUUUGAAGACGGGGGAUGGGAGUAGACGGGUUUCUCAAUUGUAUUCCAAGCUUUAAAGAAGGGUGCCUUUCAACCAAGCAUUGUUGGUUGUAUUACCGGUAUAUAUUUUGUUGUGGUCGUGUACUGUGUGGGUUCGGUUCUUCGUUCCUAUUUUUUCUAAAUGAUGCAAGAACAUACCAAAUCACCUUCCAUUUGUUAAAUAAAGGGGAAUUUUGUGACUGGGGACAAUAUUGAAAAGCCAUUUUUAUUCUCACUUAAGAAUUCUAUAUUGCAUCCGGGUUCUUCUAACAUCUUCUUGCACUCUUUGUUAUUUGUCACGUCAGUGCAUCAAGGCCGUAACUCGAUUCUGCAACAAAGUUGUAUAUCGCGCGAAUGCGCUCCAUGCAACAAGGUCAUAUUUCGCGUAUCGCAACGUCCAUUGACUUUGUGUGUACAUGCGUUUUUUUUUUUAAGCGAGAUAUGACCUUUCGACAUUGAAAACUCACGUUUUACGUACAUGACGUCAAAUGCCAUUUUAGGAGAUACGACCUUGUUGCACGGACACGAUAAAUUGUCAGAUUCCUUUAAUAGAUGAUUAUCCUGUUUUGUUGAAUAUUUGGCUCUGUUUUCAUUGCCUAGUUGGCUGUCAUCCAGGGGUCAGUUUUUGUGGAGCUGCUUAACAAGUAGCACAUGAGUUUUGCUAACUUAAGCAGAAAUAUUGUGUCAAUGCUAAGCAUAUUCCGCGCUUGCUCAUGUAUGGACAUUUCUAUUGUGGUGUUACUAUUCAAAAAAUUCUGCUUGUGACGCGAGCCUGCUCCUUACUGUGCUUAUUAAAAAACGGACAAAGGCUUUAUACUCACACAUACUGCUGUGCAGUGUGGGGAAAAAAUUCUACAAGCAUAUCUGUCGAAUUUAAAUUACACCUGUCAUAAUUGAUUAAUUGAUUGGGUCAUGCUGUUUAUGAGAAAAAUGAACCUUACCACCACUUUGAUGUAAGAAGUUGCAAGGACGCAUGUGUGUGGCAACAAUGUAAAAAAGUUGUUCCAUUGCAAUUUGCAAAUAUAUGUAUAAAUGUGUGUGAACUAUUUGUAACAAGUAAACAAGUUGAAGUAUUCAGUGGGGAUUGUGUAUUUAAAUAACGGGUUUAACAAGUGUGGGACACGCAAAGCACAAUUCAUGUAUUAUGCGUCCAGCAUAAUUUGUAUAAAAAUGUGUGUUAAAAAAAUUGAAGUGACCUUGGACCGAGUGAUCCAAGAAAACGUGAAUAUUAACAUGAAAAGAUGUAAAUAAUAAUCUAGUUCUGGUAAAGUAGACAUUAAUGUCCUUAGUGGAAAGUUUUUGAUAAAUAUGGUCCAUGUACAAAAACUUAAAGAGAAAAUAAAAUGAGCU